ACCCUUUAUUUUUAGCCCCCCUCCCAUCCCCUCUCCGUCUCUAACCCACACACACCAUGGGCUAUGGUCGGUUCGGCUCGGCCGAGUCCCUCCCCUCCGUCUCCGAAUCGCUACCGAGUCAACCCGGUUCAACUCGCCGCAAACUCCGGUUCAUUCUUCUGGGCCUCCUCGCCGUCGUCCUCCUCGUCGCCUCUGGUGUCUCAGUGGGCCUCCUGGUCCGCUCUCGGGCCCGCUCCGGUUCGGGCCCGAACCGCACCCCGACCCAGGCCAUUUCCCAGACCUGCGCCCUGACCCGGUACCCGGAGCUGUGCGUGAGCUCCCUCCUCGAUUUCCCUGGCGCCCUCGACGCCGGCGAUCGCGAUCUCGUCCACAUCUCCCUCAACAUGACCACUCAGCGCGUCGGCAAGGCGCUCUACGGCGCCUCGGCCAUCGCCGGCGUCUCCAUGGACUCGCUCGCCCGCUCCGCCUACGACGACUGCAUGGAGCUCCUCGACGACUCCCUCGACCAGCUCUCCCAGUCCCUCGCCGUCAUCGCCCCAACCGAGUUGCGCCCCGCCAGCGCCUCCGACGAGGACGUCCUCACCUGGCUCAGUGCCGCAUUAAGCAACCAGGAUACCUGCACCGACGGCCUCGCCGACGUCGCCAACGGCUACGUCCGCGCCCAGAUGGAAAGCAACCUUAAAGACCUCGCCGAGCUCGUCAGCAAUUGCCUCGCCAUCUUCUCCGCCGCCAGCCGGAACAAGGAUUUCUCCGGCAUCCCCAUCCAGAACAAGAAGCGGCGCCUCCUCUCCUCCGCCGGCGACGGAGAAUUCCCGGAGUGGUUGGGAUGGAGAGACCGGCGGCUGCUCCAGGUCCCGGCGGCCAAGAUCCAGGCCGACAUGGUGGUGGCCAAGGACGGUACUGGGACCCACAAGUCGAUCGCCGAUGCCGUCAAGGCCGCCCCCGAGAACAGCGCCCGCCGCAUCAUCAUCUACGUCAAGGCCGGCCGCUACAACGAGAACAUCAAGGUCACCCGGAAGAAAACAAAUCUGAUGUUCAUCGGCGACGGCAAGGGCAUAACAACCGUCGCCGGAUCCCGCAGCGUUGCCGACAAAUACACCACCUUCCACACGGCCACCUUCGCAUCGACGGGGAAUGGAUUCAUAAUGAGGGACAUGACCAUCGAGAACUGGGCAGGGCCAGAAAAGCACCAGGCGGUGGCGCUCCGGGUAGGGGCCGACCACGCCGUCGUGUACCGGUGCAACAUAGUCGGCUACCAGGACACGCUAUACGUGCACUCCCAGCGCCAGUUCUUCCGGGAAUGCGACAUCUACGGCACCGUCGACUUCGUCUUCGGCAACGCGGCGGUGGUGCUGCAGAAUUGCAGCUUGUGGGCUCGAAAGCCGAUGGCGAUGCAGAAGAACACCAUCACGGCGCAGAACAGGAGGGAUCCCAACCAGAACACCGGCAUCUCUAUCCAUGCUUGCCGAGUCCUGGCCACGCCGGAGCUGGAGCCGGUGAAAUGGACUUACCCCACUUAUCUCGGCCGGCCGUGGAAGCUCUACUCCAGGACGGUGUAUAUGCUAUCCUACCUGGGAGAUCAUAUCCACUCGGUGGGCUGGCUGGAAUGGAAUGGUUCGUUUGCGCUGGAUACGCUAUACUACGGUGAGUAUAUGAAUUACGGCCCGGGGGCGGCCCUGGGGAAGAGAGUCAAAUGGCCGGGAUAUAGGGUGAUUACGCUGCCGGAGGAGGCGAGUAAGUUUACCGUAGCGCGGUUUAUCUACGGCUCUUCUUGGCUACCAUCCACCGGGGUGGCCUUCGUGGCUGGCUUAUCCGUGUGAUUAUCAUAUCCGAUUUCCUUUCUUUCUCCACUUUUUUACUUUCUAACUUUUCUCUUGCAUAUAUGAUCUAUAAGCGUACGAUGAUAUAGGUAUAUAGGUUUUUAUAUAUUUCUUUUUCGUCUCUUUUUUAUCAUUUUUUUUGGAAAGGGAAUAACUGCAAGUUGUUUAAAGUGUUAACUGUGCAUUGAAGGUACUGAUUCCCAGUCUUUUGCUUUGUUCUCGCUAAUAUAACUAGAGGAAUAAAUUCUCUUGUGCCCAA